AUGAUCGUUGCAGGCAGUCCUCAUCAGCAGAAAAAAUCGUCUUUCUUCGGGUUCCGACAAUCCCCGGUAUCAAGCUCGCUGGCGAAGCAAGAAAAGGGCAACAACAAAGGCCAGAAGCCUCGUGGAUGUUGCCGUGGAAUGCACGAUUGCAUCAAGAUGGGGUCAGCUGUUUCCACAGACCAAAGCCACCGCCAGCAACGCCAACACAGACAGCAUCAUCAGUCUACAUCUGAAUUGGAGCAGCAGGUGGAAGAACUUAAAAAGGAACUCCAAAAGCAGAAAGAACUUCGGAUGAUUUACAGAAAGAGAAUGGAAAGAACACAAGACUAUCUAAGACACUGUCUGCAAAUAGCACAGGACAAUGGUCUCUUGGAGCUGAUGACCCACAACAAACAAGAGCAACACGAUCAAUGUCUUCUUGACUACAAUACUCCUGAUGUCAAUGCCAGCCCUCAACCGCCAACUCCUUUGCACCCACACUCAGAUUUAACCGCUUUAAUAAAUCAAGCCAAGAUAAAUGGAUGGUACAUUAACCCAAAUGAGAUAGAAUUGCAAGCAAAAAUAGGUCAAGGAAGUACUGCAAACAUUCAUAAAGGAGUUUGGCGAGGACUUGACGUUGCAGUGAAGUGCAUAUUCCCUGAUUUUUUCCUCCAAAAUGAAAAUGGUGUAACAUUUUUCGCUCAAGAAGUAGACACACUCUCGAGACAAAGGCAUCGUUUUGUUCUCCAGUUGAUGGGCGCAUGCCUAGAUCCUCCGAAUCAUGGGUGGGUGGUGACGGAGUUUUUGAGCAUGACACUGAAGGAGUGGCUGCAUGGACCAGGCAAACGACAGAAAGAGAGGAGUGUUCCGAUUCCUCCGUUUAAAGAGAGGCUGGACACAGCGUUGGAGAUUGCUCAGGCAAUUCAAUAUCUUCAUGAACAAAAACCGAAGGUCAUUCAUCGUGACUUGAAGCCCAGCAACAUCUUUUUGGAUGAUUCCAAGCAUGUAAAAGUGGCCGACUUUGGCCAUGCUAGAUACUUGUCCGAUGAAGAGAUGGCACUCACCGGCGAAACAGGAACGUAUGUUUACAUGGCACCAGAGGUGAUCCGAUGUGAGCCUUAUAAUGAAAAGAGUGACGUUUAUAGUUUUGGCAUCAUAUUAAAUGAGCUCAUAACUGGAAAUCAUCCAUAUAUUGAGACAGACUAUGGUCCAACCAGGAUUGCAAUGGAGGUUGGAGAAGGAAGUCUCAGGCCUGCGCUUCCAGAGAAUAGUAAUGGAGAAUUGGGAGAGCUUAUAGACCUCAUUUGCAGUUUAUGGGAUGGAGAUGCCUCUGCGAGACCCUCCUUUUCAUCUGUAACCACUGCUCUCAAAAGCAUUCGAAACAAUUUUAUAGACAAUACAUGUAUUUCAGUUGCAUGA